CCAAGCAGAUCCGAAUCCGGACGCCAUGGCGUCAGAAGAUAAACAGAUCCAUGUCAUGUUCUUGCCUUACAUGGCUCCAGGCCACAUGAUGCCGAUGGUUGACAUAGGCAGACUAUUUGCCAUGUCCGGGUUGAAAGUCACCAUAAUUCUCACCGCCACAAACGCCCGCCGAUUUCAGAGUACAAUCGAUCGGACAUUCAACUCCGGCCAUCAGAUUUCACUCGAAAUCAUCCAUUUCCCUUCUGCCGAGGUUGGUCUUCCGGAAGGCUGCGAAAAUAUAACUUCCGCGGAAACCCAGGAGAUGACCAUGAAGCUUUUCCACGGCGUGGAUAUACUGCAGGCCGAAAUCACAAGGCUCUUCCGUGAACGCCGCCCCAGCUGCAUUGUCUCCGAUUCUCUCUUCCCCUGGACGACCGAUGUGGCUAAGGAAUUGGGCAUACCAAGGCUUGCCUUCAAUGGAAGUGGGUUCUUCUCUGUUUGCAUCGCUGAUAGCCUUAACCGUUAUGAGCCUCACAAGAGCAUUACGUCGGAGACAGAACCGUUCGUGGUUCCGGGAUUUCCCGACCAAGUAAUGCUCACGAGAUCGCAAUUGCCUGAUAUUGUUAAAACAACGACUGGGUUUUCUGAGAUGUUUGAUAAGAUCAGGGAGGCAGAGAUGAAGAGCUUCGGUUUUUUGAUCAACAGUUUUUAUGAAUUAGAACCGGCUUAUGUGGAUUAUUUAAGAAAUGUGGUCGGAAUGCAGGCAUGGCACGUAGGUCCGGUAUCUCUCUUGAACGGAGACACCGAUGAUAAAGCAGAUAGAGGAGACAAAGCUUCUGUCAGUAGACAUGCCUGUCUGAAUUGGCUCGGCGGAAAGGACCCGAGCUCUGUUCUCUACAUCUGUUUCGGAAGUCUGGUCAGAUUCACCAAAACUCAAAUUACAGAGAUUGCUUCUGCACUUGAAGAGUCCGGCCACCUCUUCAUCUGGGUGGUCGGGAAAGUCCUGAAAACCGAUGGUAAUGAUCAGGAAGAUCAGGGGGAAGAGUUGUGGCUUCCGGUAGGAUUUGAGGAGAGAAUCAAAGAAAGUGGACAGGGAUUGAUUAUAAGGGGAUGGGCGCCGCAAGUGUUGAUAUUGGAGCAUCCGGCCAUGGGUAGUUUCAUGACGCAUUGUGGAUGGAACUCCCUCCUUGAAGGAGUCACUGCUGGCGUACCAAUGAUCACAUGGCCGAUUUUUGCAGAGCAAUUCUAUAAUGAGAAGCUGGUGACUCAAGUGCAGAAAUUUGGAGUAUCAGUGGGAAACGAGGUUUGGAAGAUAUGGGCAACACAAGAAUCCCCUUUGAUAAACAGAGACGGGAUCAGCAGGGCUAUCAAGGCAGUCAUGGGCAACUCAGAUGAAGCUGUAGAGAAGAGAAAACGAGCAAGGAGACUGGGAGAAUUGGCAAAAAAUGCUAUUCACGAGGGCGCCUCAUCUUACAAUGACUUGAAAUCUCUGAUUGAAGCCAUUAGAUCCUAUAAAUCAUGAGAAUUCCAACAUUUUUUCUGAUUAAGAUGUUUCCGUUUCAAUCAUUGUUAGAGCAAUUCUCCAUGCCAAGACAGCAGAGUUCAACAUGGAACCAUGAACAAUAGACAGAUUGCAUUGAAGAAAUACCUGUCAUUCACAGACCUUGUUCUGACCCAUCAAAGGUCACAGACAACACCCUAUAUAUGAAGUCAGUGACUCUGUGGGAAAUGAUAGGCAUUCACGGGUGUCUGAAGCAGGGGAAUUGCGAAGAAAUCAAAAUCCAGGUUUUUA